UAAAGGUAACCAAUGAGAGACAGUUUCACAUUCUUCAGAGACAGCUGCAGAUCCAGGUUACCAUGGAGUCGACAUGCACAGAGGAAAAGAAAGAAGGGUUGAUUGAGUUUUAUGAUUCAUUCAGUGACAUGUUUGAGUUCUUCAGUAGCAACACUACGAUCCACGGCACAAUCAGACUAACCUGCUCUAAAAGGAACAAGAUGAAGACCACUUUCUGGGUUCUGCUUUUUAUUGCCACCUUCGGAAUGAUGUACUGGCAGUUUGGGUUAAUGACCAAUCAAUAUUGGUCGUAUCCCACCAGCACAACCAUAACUGUGCAGUCAAAGUUGAACAUGUUCCCAGCUGUGACAAUCUGCAAUCUUAACCCAUACAGGUUUGAUCAGGUUAAUGUGUAUAUUAAACAACUGGAUCGCAUCGCACAGGAAACCCUUUACACACUGUACAGAUAUAAUGCAUCUUUCGCAAGCGAGGAGGUCGAUGUCGUUGAUCUUGAUGAACUACUAAACAGUACAACAAACGAUAUUAAUGGAAGCUUCUCCUUAAACCCCAAUAUUGCACUAGUGAAGUUGCAAGAAAAUGGUCAAGAGCCGACUGACCCUGAACAGAAGAGUUACAAAUUGGGAUUUAAAUUGUGUAAUUCCACUGGUGGGGAUUGCUACUACAGAUCCUUUUGGUCGGGAGUCGAUGCUCUCCAUGAGUGGUACAAGUUCCAUUUUAUGAACAUUAUGGCUAAUAUACCCCUUGUGCUCCCCAUCACAAAAGUUACAAUCAUGAAGAAUUUUAUUUUAACAUGCGACUAUAGCGGAAAUUCCUGUAAUGAAAGUGACUAUAUUCAUUUCCACCAUCCGACCUUUGGAAACUGUUUCACACUAAAUAGUCAAGGAGAGAAUAGGAAGUGGACUUCAGCACUGCCCGGCAAGCAGUAUGGACUCUCCUUAAUAGUGAAGACAGAACAGAACGAUAACAUGCCUCUCCUGUCAACGGCGGCAGGAGCCAGAAUUAUGGUCCAUGACCCCUUGCAACCACCUUUGUUGGAACAUGAAGGAUUCGAUAUCUGGCCAGGCACAGAGACCUCAAUCAGCAUUGCACUGGAUGAGGUGACUCGGUUGGAUGGCGUGUAUAGUGACUGUACUACUGAUGGAAGUGAAGUGGGCUUUAAUAUCUUGUACAACACAUCAUACACAAUGCAGGCUUGCCUGCAUUCUUGCUUCCAAUACAAGAUGAUUGAAUUUUGCGGAUGUGGUUAUUACUUUUUUCCUAUUGCCCCUGGUGCGGAAUACUGCAACUAUAACAAGUACCCAGGAUGGGGGCACUGUUUCUACAGACUGUACGACAGACUGCUAAAUCACUCACUCGGUUGUUUUACUGCGUGCCCAAAGCAAUGCAAGGAAACUAUAUAUCACCUGUCAGCAGGAACUGCUAGGUGGCCAUCUCCUAACUCCAAGAACUGGGUUAUUCCAUUACUAUCCUGGCAAGAAAAGUACAACAUCACCAGUAACAAUAGUGAUAUCUCAAAAAUUAGCUUAUACUUUAAAGAACAGAGCCUUCGGUCAUUUGACGAUGUGCCGGCAAUGCCAUUGACUUUGCUCCUUUCCAACAUGGGAAGCCAAUGGAGUUUAUGGUUUGGUUCUUCAGUACUGUCUGUAGUUGAGAUGGCAGAAUUAGUUUUUGAUAUUGCAGUCAUGUCCGGAAUCAUCGCCUACAAGUGGCAAAAAAUGAAGAAGGCAGCUAAAGUCGAAGAAAAGUGAUGUUAAAGAAGCAAAAAAA